AUGCACUGCUUGCAAUUGUCGGUAGCCUCCUUUGGAUUAUUGGCAGUGUCAUCGUUACCGUCGUGUUCGAUUCAGUUGUGGGAGAAAUCAACAAAAUUGGAAACAAGUUUGGUUUUUUUGCUGAAAAGGGCAGGAAGUUCUAUGCACUUAUAUGGACUACGGCCGUUUGCAUGGUUUGUGUAUGCAUACUCUGGUGUAAAGAGUGGUGGCAAGGGAGACAUCGACGGAGUGUGA